UAAAUUAAUGUUAUCAACAAAACCACUUAAGUCAUCAUCUUCUCUCUAAGUUAGCUAGUUAGGUUACAGAAAAACAAAAAUGGCGGAACCACACAAAAUACGAUUUGGAAUCCUUGGAUGCGCAAAUAUAGCCCGUAAGGUAUCACGCGCCAUCUUACUUUCCAAUAACUCAACCAUCGCCGCCGUCGGCAGUCGCUCGCUCGAGAAAGCUACAACAUUCGCAGCCGAAAACGGCUUCCCAAAAUCAACAAAGCUUUACGGAAGUUACGAGGCAGUUAUCGACGACGAUGACGUUGACGCCGUAUAUAUCCCCCUUCCUACAAGCCUUCACUUGAAAUGGGCCACAAUAUCUGCAAAUCGGAAAAAGCAUGUGUUAAUAGAGAAACCGGUGGCUCUUAACACGGCGGAGCUUGACAAGAUUCUCGAAGCCUGCGAAUCGAAUGGCGUACAGUAUAUGGAUUCCACGAUGUGGAUGCAUCAUCCGAGAACGAUGAAGAUGAACGAAUUUCUCUCCGAUCUAGAUCGAUUCGGUGAAAUCAAAUCGAUUCACAGUGUAUUCACUUACAAAGGCGAUUCCGAAUUUCUAAAGAACGACAUCCGAGUUCAACCAGACCUUGAUUCUCUCGGUGUACUUGGAGAUGCUGGUUGGUAUUGUAUUCGCGCGAUCCUCUGGUCUAUGAACUACGAUCUCCCGAAGAAGGUAACCGCUAUUCCAGAUCCGGAAUUCAACGAAGCAGGCGUUCUGUUAUCUUGUUCUGCUUCGUUGACUUGGGGAGAUGGGAGAUCAGCUACAUUCUAUUGCUCUUUUCUUGCUAAUCAUGCGAUGGAUAUUAGGGUUUUAGGAAGUAAAGGAGAUUUACGUGUUCAUGAUUUUGUAAUACCGUUUGAGGAGAAAGGAGCGUCGUUUUAUACAGUUUCUGGUUCGAAUUGGUCCAAUUUGUCUCUGGGAUGGGAACCGAUGCCGAGUGAGUGCAUUGUGGAGACGGAUCUUCCUCAAGAAGCUUUAAUGGCGAGGGAAUUCUCUAAGCUGGUUUCUGAUAUCAAAUUUGAGGGUUCGAAGCCGGAGAUGAAGUGGGUGAACAUUAGUAGGAAAACGCAGCUUGUGAUUGAUGCGGUGAAGACGUCGUUGGAGAGCGGUUUCGCGGCUAUUGAAUUGUAAGUUUAGUUUUUUUGAAAAAUAAUACAAUGUCUAAAUUAUAAUUAUAUAAAUAAUAUGUCAUAAACUAAUAAUGUUUUGCUAAACUUUUAAUUAUUGUGAAAAUAAAGAUUGAUAUUAAAUGGUUU